AUGGCGACACGGGGUCCUGCUGAACCGGAGAAGAAGAAGACGGAGGCGGGCUUGGGGGAGAAAGGGACUCAGCCUCAUCUGAAGGCGGCCGAGAAGGCCCGGACGUGGGCGGACGUGGCAAAGGGCCCGUCGAGGGUGCCGAUCUGGACUAAUCACCAGAUCUCGGCGGCGGAGCUGGACGCCCUGAAGCGGCGGUUCACGGACGUGGUGGAGUUCUCGCCGGAGAAGAUGGAGAUGGGCAGGGCGGCAUGGCGAGACACGGCAGUGAUCAUGCGCAGUUUGGGUCGCCGUGUGCCGGUGGAAUGGAUCAAGCGGGAGCUACGGGUGGCCGGGAAACUUGACUACGACGUUGAGGAUUUCCUGAUGGCAGAUGAGACCUUUGUGUUUCGAUUCCAGAGUGAGAGGGAUCGGGAGGCUGCAAUGGAGGCUGGACCGUGGCUGGUGGCUGGUCAGCUCCUAGCCAUGGAACGCUGGCGGCCAAAUUUUGUUCCGGGGACCAACCAACUAUGUCGGGCUGUUGUGUGGUUAAGGCUGCCCAGUCUCCCGACGGAAUACUGGACAAAGGAGUUAAUCUGGGAUAUAGCAGCAAAAGCCGGGCGACCUCUGGCUCUGGACAAGGUCACUGACCAGGGCCGGAAGCUGGGAUUCGCUCGCGUCAAGGUGGAGCUGGAUGCCGGCAUGCCGAUCAGGCCUGGGACCUUCAUCCAGGGAGGGGUGGAGAAGUCAGGGGAAGAGGUUAGUGGAGCAGCCCACGAUGUUCGGGCCAAACCUUAA